CAUCACUGCACUGGGAAUGGACCUUAUUGUUAUUUGACCUACUGUUACUGACCCAAAAUUUUUUAAGCUAUUAUGAUUAGUUUUACUUCACGUGAAAUUAACCUUCUUGAUUGUUAUCUACAAAUAUAUGUUGUCAUAUACUGAACAAUUAUUUUAUUUGACAGGUAUGUAAACAAUUUCCUUUUUUAUCGGCCACCAAAAUUUUAUUGUUUGGGCCUAAAUCACCUUGGAAAAUUUGUCAAAAUCUGUCUGGCUGUGCAAUGCACCGUUAUCUGUAUUAUUUUACAUUAAUUUGAAUAAAUAAGUGAAAUAUAUUUUAGCAUAAAAAUUUUAAUUUAUCAACUCAGUUAAAAUUAGUUAAGAACAAGCCGUUUAUAGGAAUCAUGCUAAUAUAUUGUGACCCUAUGCGUUAUUAUAACAUCUGAAACAACUGGAUAAAACAUGUCUCAUUUACGUCAUGGCACUAAAGAAUUACAAAGAAUUUAUUCACUGACUUUAAACAAUAAAAGAAAAGUUCAGUUCUUGUAUGGAAUUCCUAAACAAUGUCACCAAUAUUCAACACAUUCUGCAUCGGGAUGGUUUUCGAUACAUUCAUUCAGUUACAGCAGGAGAAGACCUGAUUGCACUUCUUAUAUAUUUUCAUCAUCUAACCACAGAUGCAAAGUUGACUCUAUAUCUUCUUCCUAUCCCAUCCUUUUGAGGCACCAUUCUAAUAUUGGUCUACACCACACAAUCUCAAGAAAUAUCCAUGCUGCAAGUGUUAAUUUUGACAAAUCAAAAGUAGAAGAUACAUUGAAGGCUAAAUUGAAAAAGACUGAAGCGGACAAAAAUCUUUCUUCUGAUAAAAAACCUACAGCGACAGAAACCACAUCUAGCUCAGUAGCCACCCCAAAGAAACCGUUAUGGGAUAGAUUUGUAGCGGAGUUGAAACAUUAUUAUCAUGGUUUUCGACUUCUUGGAUUGGACAUUAGAAUUGCAUGGAAAACACUGUGGAAAAUACUGAACGGAAAACCAGUAGUUCGGCGAGAACGAAAUCAAUUCAAAAGAGCGGUAUCAGAUAUAUUUCGGCUUGCUCCUUUUAGUGUUUUCAUAAUUAUUCCGUUUGCUGAAUUUGCAUUGCCAGUGGUGGUGAGUCUCUUCCCAAGACUUCUUCCUUCUACUUUUGAGGAUAAAACAGCUCGUGAAGCUCGAUUGAGAAAAGAACUGUCUGUUAAAUUGCAAAUGGCUAAGUUCAUGCAAGAUACGGUAGAAGAUAUUGCUAUGCGGAGCAAAAAAAUGUCAAAAGAAAAUCAGGCCACAGAAGAUUUUGCCACUUUUUUUCAAAAAAUUCGAACUACUGAUGAAGAGCCAACAAAUGAAGAAAUUUUGAAACAUGCUAAAUUGUUUGAAGAUGAAUUGACGUUGGACAGCAUGAGCAGACCUCAACUUGUUGCAUUGUGCAGGCUCAUCCAAGUACCUGCUGUGGGAAGUAACAAUCUACUUCGAUUUUUAUUGCAAAUGAAGUUGAAUAGGUUGCAUGCUGAUGACACUCUUAUUCAAAGAGAAGGCAUUGAUAACAUGACAGCACAAGAAUUACAAACAGCAUGUCAAGCCAGAGGAAUGAGAGCUCUUGGUGUGUCCGAGCAGCGAAUAAAACAACAACUUCAACAGUGGAUUGAUCUUCACUUAAAUCACGAUGUUCCGAGUUCUCUUCUUUUGUUGAGUAGAGUACUUUUCAUGCCUGAAAAUGUUCCUGUUGAAACUAUGGUGAAGCAGGCUAUUUCUGCAUUGCCAGAGAAAAUCGCAGAUGAAGCAGAAGUUCGAGCGGCUGAAUUGAAUUGUGAAAGAAUCGAUAACACAAAGAGAUAUAAGGUCACAAAACAGGAACAGCUUGAAAUUGCAAAAGAAGAAAAAGAAGAGAAACAAAAAAAAACAGCAAUCAUCUCUGAAGUUCUGGAGUCAGAGAAAAAAAUAGCUGAUGGCCCAGUUCUCACGGAUAAAGCUCCUGUGUUGCUAGAGGAAAUUACUCGAGAAGAGAUUGAUGCCCUUGACAAAGCUAUUGGUUUAAUGGCAAAAGAAGACUCACUCAAUAAAACAAAAUCUGAGUUAGAAGAUCUGAGAGAAGAUUUGGUUGAGUACCAACAAGAUGUUUUGAAGUUGGAUAGAAAUUUGAGUUCAGAAGAGGAUGAAAUUUUAAUGAAAGAAAAGAAAGCAAGUUCCAGAUUACAGAAGAAAAUCGCUGGAUUUAUUGGAAACAUGGAUGAAAUUGUAGCAGAACUAGAUCAACGAGAAAAUGCUAGGAAUAAGACAGAAGAUGAUGAAUCUGAAAAGCAAUCUAUUUCUGUCAAUGAACUGAAGAAUAGUUUACAACAUUUAUCUGAAAUACCACAAGAAAAACUACACAGUAUAGCACAUCUGUUAGAUAUCGAUAAAGAUGGGGAAAUAGACCUAUCAGAGGUCAUGACUGCUUUCGAGGCAUUGGACAGUGAGGACGUUUCAGUCACUGCAGAUCAAUUACAUCAAAUUAUUGGAUUAAUUCAAUCAAAGAAAGAUGAAAAAAAAUUUAAAUUAUCAGAGGAAGUUUAAUGAUGAUUAUUAUUAUAAUUGACAUAUGUUUUAGGCAAUUUAAUACCAAUGUAUACCUCAUUAAUUUUAUAUCUGAGGAGGUACAUUCUAUUUUCUAUUGUACUAAGUGCAACGAUUCUAUACCACAGUACCAGAAGUGUAAUAUUGUGAUGCGAAUGGUAUAGUAUGGUAUGGUAAAUAUUUUGUCCACAUUUGAAACCCCGAAGAUCAUCAUUUUCUAGAUUUCUUCUCACCCAAAAGAAUUAGCAAAACCUUACCAUUAUAUUCAGGUCCAUCUCUCCCUACAUAACCCUGAGUUCAUGUGCAUUUAAAGGGACAUGCUCACAACAUGUCGUAAGUUUUUCUAUUUGGUGUGGCACAACUAUUUUUGCAUAUGUUAUUCCUAACCCCCACCUUACUAUGUCAAUCAAAUAUUACGUCACUACGAAGUCAUAGUGAUGUAAGAGGGCCGAACAAGCUAUACAAACUGUCAUCCAAGACGCACGGACGAUCACCCGAAAUCGAGUGUGCUAUUUCUCUCGUUUUCUCGUCGUAACGAUCCCGAUAUGAGAGAGAUCGCUGGCCUUAGCGAGUUUGUUAUCAUUGGCGAAGAUGCCAUUUCGGGCGUUCGUGACUAAACUCUGGCAACUCUUUGAUAGGAUCGUGAGGUUGUAGUGACGACUGUGACAUAAUCUUUGGAUGACGGGACCAGGUGGGGGUUAGGAAUAACAUAUGCAAAAUUGGUUGUGCCAUUCCAAAUAGAAGUAUUUACGUUUUUCAGUGAACAUGCGUUCAUUUAAAUAGCCAACAAUUGAUCUCAAAUCUGGAAAUAUUUGUUCCAGGUAUCUAGUUAUCACAUUGCUGUACUAUUUGUAUGGUUGGUUCAUAAAUCGCAAUCUAUUUAUUACUUGCUAUGCAAGUUAUGUAAUUUUGCACUUGCUUUUAUUUCUUCUUGAAACUCCUUUACCCGAACAAAAUUUUCUUGACAGAAUUGAUCCAUACACAAUCAAAUUUACAUACAAAGUAUUCAAUUCAUAGAUGGAAGUCCGAGAAUCGAUUUGGCUGCCCAUGUUCAAAGCAUCAAUUGCUCAAAUUGUUUAAUCAUUAACCUAGUACUGUCCGCACCAAACAUCAGGUUCAUCUCUUUUCAUAAAUUAAGAAUAGUUUGCCUGGCUUGUUUUUGAUGUACCGAUAUUUUGUAGUUUGCAUGUUUAGUCUAAGUAAUUAAGAAAUGAAAUUUCCGUUUACAAAA